AUCCGACUGUCCAAAUGAUAUUUCACUUUAGACUUUAUUCGACGUCAGACAAGCAGUUUGACAAUUCGUUUGUGUUUAGUGUGACUCAUUUAUUCAAUAAAAUUCAUUAAAAAUAUUAAGCGAAGUGACAUUUACGCAUCGUGGUGGAGUUAACGACAAGUUAUAAAAAUGGUCGAAUUUUUAUCUGUACCAUUGAAAAAACCUUCAGAUGUCGAUGUCGUUAAACCUUUAAAAAAUUUAAUUCAAUCCACAUACAGCGCAUCAGAUAAUAAUGAAAAUUAUUCGGAAGCAAUUAACGAAUUUGGGAAGAUCAGAAGCAACGCUAUAUGGAGAGUCUUUGAGAAAUAUGAAAGUUCAUUAGAAGUCAUCUACGGAUAUUAUGAUCAAAUUUGUGCCUUAGAAGGAAAAAUUCCGGUCCACGAGCUUCAAGUUCCUUUUAAAUGGAAGGAUGCUUUUGAUAAAGGCUCUAUUUUUGGUGGUCGUAUGAGUUUAACAAUAGCUUCAUUGGCGUAUGAAAAAGUUUGCGUAUUAUUCAACAUAGCAGCUUUGCAAAGUGCUGUUGCUGCAACACAGAGUAUAGAAUCAGAUGAAGGUUUGAAAUUGGCAGCCAAACUUUACCAACAAGCAGCUGGUAUAUUUAAUCAUCUGAAAGGUGCCGUUCCAGUAGCUAUUCAUCAAGAUCCAACUCCUGAUUUGUCUUCGGACGUGUUGUCAGCUUUAUCCUUAUUAAUGGUAGCUCAAGCUCAGGAAAUAUUUGUUCACAAAGCUAUUCAUGAUGAUAUGAAAGAUGCAAUUAUUGCUAAAUUGGCUUGUCAGUGUGAAGAUCUUUACGCAGAUACUUUGCGUGCUAUGCAGAAAGAGUCCAUUAAAGGUUUAUGGGAAAAAGAAUUCCUGCCAUUAAUUGCCGGUAAGCAGGCUGCUUACCAUGCUAUAACUGAGUUAUAUCAAUCAUUGGUGUGUAGAGCUAACAAAAGUAUUGGUGAAGAAAUAGCUCGUUUACAGCAUGCAUUGACAUUAUUUAAAACAGCAAAAUCUGCUAGCGGACAAACAAGUUUCUUUGAUGAGUUUGCUUCCCGGGCAACUAGAAAUCUAACAGAAGUUCAAAAGGAUAAUGAUUUCAUUUAUCAUGAAAGAAUCCCGGAUAUCAAUUCUUUGCCAGCAACUGGUAAAGCCAACUUAGCUAAAAUGCUUUCCCUUCCAGAUAAGUUUUCAGCAUCAACAAAAGAUCUAUUUGAAAACUUAGUGCCAGUAUCAGUACAUCAAGCAUUAUCUUCAUAUGAGAUGCGAAAACAAGAAAUUGUUAACAGAGAAAUUACUAAACUGCGAGAGUCUACUCAAGCAUUGAAUGGUGUAUUGGCAUCUUUGAAUCUGCCAGCAGCAAUUGAAGUUACAAGUGAGUGUGAUGGACUACCCCCAUCUUUGCUGGAGAAAGCAGAAACUGUGCGCAGCAAGGGAGGAGUUGCCAAACUGCAAACAUUAUUGCAUGACCUUCCAGAACUACUUCAGCGAAAUAAAGAUAUUUUAGAUGAAUCUAUAAGAUUACUUGAUGAGGAAGAGUCAUCUGAUAAUAGUUUGCGAGAGCAGUUCAAAGAAAAAUGGAUUAGAAUGCCAUCAGCCAAGAUAACACAGCCAUUGAAAGCAAAUACUGAUAAAUAUCAGCAGAUCAUAAACAAUGCUACUCAAGCUGAUAAUACAGUUAAACAGAAAUUCCAGACAUAUCUUGAAGGCAUGGAAUUGCUAAGCAAGAGUAAUGAAGAAUUAAGAGCUGCUAUACCUUCUGGUGGUCCAUGUGUAUCCGAUUGCCAGUCUGUAACUACUUUAAGAAACUUAAUGGAAACUGUUGAAACUAUUAAGGCUGAGAGAGAUGUCAUUGAAUCUGAAUUAAAAUCUGCAACUUUUGAUAUGAAAAAUGCAUUCCUGCGAGCACUUGCUGAAGAUGGAACCAUUAAUGAACCUGCCAUGUCCAUGCAGAACUUGGGACAAAUAAUGACACCUCUUCAGGAACAAGUCAAGGAUAGUGUAUCAAAACAAGAACAAUUAAUUAAAGACAUACAAGAAGCUCAUGCUCAAUUUACUAAUGAAACGGGAGCAGGAACCAACUCCAGAGAUGUAAAAAUGAAACAACUUGCUGCUGCAUAUGACGCUUUUACAGAACUGGAAAAUAAUUUAAAAGAGGGCACCACUUUUUAUAAUAACCUUACACAGUUGCUUGUUAUACUUCAGAACAAAAUUUCUGAUUAUUGUUUUGCUAGGAAAACGGAGAAAGAAGAGAUGCUCAAGGAUUUGACGCAAGCCAGUGCUAGAGCAUCACCAGGAGCAACUCCAAAUAUACCUACACAUCAUUCAACAGAACCUGCAAGUCCUACUUCUAGUACUAGCGCUGCUGGAGCAAAUGUUCCAUAUCCCACUUCAGGUCAAACUAUGCCGAUUCCAUAUGGUGCAUCAAAUGUAGCCCCUUACCCAACAUAUGUUCCUCCACCGAUGCCACAAGGAUAUAAUCCAUAUGGAACUUUGCCAUAUCCUCAAGGCUAUAAUUAUCCUGGAUUUCCACAAGCUCCUCCAUAUGGAGGAUAUACGCCUUCGAUGCCUUAUCAACAACAACCACCGCAGAAUCCACAACAAAAACCACCAGGGUGGUGAACAUUCAGAAUGCUUAUGUAUUUAAUAAUAUUAUAGUAUUACUUAUUUUAAAUGUAAGAUGCCUAAAAUGCAUACAUAAAUUGUGAUUAACUUGUAGCAGAGCUUCAUAAUACUUUUACUACUGUUCAAUGCUCUUAAGUUUUACAAACUGCUAUUUGCUUUGA